UAUACUGUGUACAUUGUUGUAAGCAAAGGGAAUUGGUGUGCACAUAAACUCACCCUCGUACGAUGGCCACUUUGGAGGACAAAUUGCUCGGCGAAAAAUUGGAGUAUUAUUGCAGCAGCAGUGAAGGCGAAGACAAUGGCGAUGAUGAAGCUGGCGAUAACCAGCCGGGUGCUAAAGGCGGGCAAAGCAAGUCCGCGGGGCUGACCAUCAACACUGACCCCAAUGCGGCGCCGGCUGGCGGCUAUCGCCAACAAGCGUCCACCAACACGGGACCCAAAGGCGUGGUCCAGGACUGGCAGCGUUUCAAGCAAUUGGAGGCGGAGCGGCGCGAAGAGACCGAACGGCAGCGCCUGGCAUUGGCCCAAAAGUUAAGCAUGACAACGGCGACCGCAGCCGAGGAUGAGGAGCGCAAGCGGCAGGAAGAGCUCGAUGCAGAGCUGGCCGAGCUAAUGAGUGAAGAUUUUCUGCAGCAAUUCCAGAAGCAGCGCAUGGCCGAAAUGCUGCGACAAACGGGCCACAAUCAACAGUUUGGCAAGGUGCAGCAGCUGAGCACCCACGAGGAGUUCCUGGCCUGUGUGGAGAAGGAGAACAAACAUACGACGAUCAUCAUACACAUCUACGAGCGUGCCUUGCCUGCUUGUGCCACACUUAACAAGUGCCUGGAUAGCCUGGCCAUUGACUAUCCGUCCAUAAAGUUUGCUAAGAUCUGCAGCUCUGUGGCUGGCAUGAGUCGCGACUUUCGCACCAAAGGCCUGCCCGCCUUGCUGGUCUACAAGGCGCAGGCAGUGAUUGGUAACUUCGUGCGCCUCACUGACGAUCUCAGCGAUGAUUUCUUUGCCUCCGAUGUCGAGAGCUUCCUCAUCGAGCACGGCAUCAUAGUGGAUAAGGCCUUGUACAAUUAGAUAUAUAGUUUCAGCAACAACCAAAUAUGUGUUCUGCAUUUAAGCUGAAAACUCGCCCACAUUUAAUAAUCUAAUUGUCACCUCAUGCUUACUCAUUGAAACGCCUCGUUGGGGCCCAAGACAAUUAAUUUGAGUUCAUUUGGGUUUUAUUUUGUUUUGUUUCCAUUUAGCAAGUAUAAGUAUAGUUGCAUUAUAUGUAUGAUUCAUUUCUUGUAUACAGCAGUUUCAGGAAAACAGAACGUGGACGUGGAGAGCGCCGAUUAAAAGAAAGCCAAAUAAAAAGUAUUCUAAAAAUGUGUAUUUAUGUAUUCGAAACGCGUUUGCGGUAAUUACAAGUUAGAUAUAUAUAUAUGUACAACUAUGUAGGUGUGUAUAUGGAACCGAACAGAAUAGAUCAUCAUACUGUACUAUAAAUAGUAGUAGUUCAUAAAUCAUUCUUCACAUCUGUAUUACAAUCUAUAUGCAUAUAGACGUAAUUGUAGGUGCUAACCCGAAUGUACUUCACUCGAACGCGAACUUUGUAAGAUUUUAUAUAGAUACUAUACUAUUUAUACAUAUAUAUAUAUAUAUAUAAGUAUAGUUAGCUUAGAGCCUAACAUCAUACACAGCAAUAAAAAAGAACUAUGUUGAUAUAAUAAAGUUGUUUUCUAAUCAACAAA